AUUUCUAAGGGCUGCAGGGUGUCCAGCCCCAUGGGGGGCACCCUAGGCCUCUGAAAGCACACCAUCUGUGCUCCUGCCUGCCCACCCAUCCUCAGGCCACUCGCCAUGGGCGGCUGCUUCUCUAAGCCCAAGCCAGUGGAACUCAAGAUCGAGGUGGUGCUGCCCGAGAAGGAGCGGGGCAAGGAGGAGCUCUCAGCCAGUGGGAAGGGCAGCCCUCGGGCUUACCAAGGCAAUGGCACGGCCCGCCACUUCCACGCCGAGGAGCGCCUGCCCACCUACCCCGGCCCUCAGGACUGUGUGGAGGCUGCCGUCUGCCAUGUGAAGGACCUCGAGAAUGGCCAGAUGCGGGAAGUGGAGCUGGGCUGGGGGAAGGUGUUGCUGGUGAAGGACAAUGGGGAAUUCCACGCCCUGGGCCACAAGUGCCCACACUACGGUGCACCCCUGGUGAAAGGCGUGCUGUCCCGUGGCCGUGUGCGCUGCCCCUGGCAUGGUGCCUGCUUCAACAUCAGCACCGGAGACCUGGAGGACUUCCCAGGCCUGGACAGUCUGCACAAGUUCCAGGUGAAGAUUGAGAAGGAGAAGGUGUAUGUCCGGGCCAGCAAGCAGGCCCUGCAGCUGCAGCGAAGGACCAAGGUGAUGGCCAAGUGUAUUUCUCCAAGUGCUGGGCACAGCAGCAGCACCAACGUGCUCAUUGUGGGUGCAGGUGCUGCUGGCCUGGUGUGUGCAGAGACACUGCGGCAGGAGGGCUUCUCAGACCGGAUCGUCCUAUGCACGCUGGACCGGCACCUCCCCUAUGACCGGCCCAAGCUUAGCAAGUCCCUGGAUGCACAGCCCGAGCAGCUGGCCCUGAGGCCCAAGGAGUUCUUCCGAGCCUAUGGCAUCGAGGUGCUCACUGAGGCCCAGGUGGUCACAGUGGACGUGAAAAACAAGAAGGUCGUGUUCAAGGAUGGCUUCAAGCUGGAAUACAGCAAGCUGCUGCUGGCACCAGGGAGCAGCCCUAAGUCCCUGAGCUGCAAAGGCAAAGAGGUGGAGAAUGUAUUCACCAUCCGGACGCCUGAGGACGCUAACCGCGUAGUGAGGCUGGCCCGGGGCCGCAAUGCGGUCGUCGUAGGUGCCGGCUUCCUGGGGAUGGAGGUGGCUGCCUAUCUGACCGAGAAGGCCCACUCGGUGUCUGUGGUGGAGCUGGAGGAGACGCCCUUCAGGAGGUUCCUGGGGGACCGUGUCGGUCGUGCCCUCAUGAAGAUGUUUGAGAACAACCGAGUGAAGUUCUACAUGCAGACAGAGGUGUCAGAGCUGCGGGCCCAGGAGGGAAAGCUGAAGGAGGUUGUGCUGAAGAGCAGCAAGGUCGUGCGGGCUGACGUCUGCGUGGUGGGCAUUGGUGCGGUGCCUGCCACGGGCUUCCUGAAGCAGAGUGGCAUCAGUCUGGAUUCCCGAGGCUUCAUCCCUGUCAAUAAGAUGAUGCAGACCAACAUCCCAGGUGUGUUUGCGGCUGGCGAUGCCGUCACCUUCCCCCUUGCCUGGAGGAACAACCGGAAAGUGAACAUCCCACACUGGCAAAUAGCUCACGUCCAGGGGCGCGUGGCGGCGCAGAACAUGCUGGCGCAGGAGGCGGAGAUCAGCACGGUACCCUACCUCUGGACGGCCAUGUUCGGCAAAAGUCUGCGCUACGCGGGCUAUGGAGAAGGCUUCGACGACGUCAUCAUCCAGGGGGAUCUGGAGGAGCUGAAGUUCGUGGCUUUUUACACCAAAGGUGACGAGGUGAUCGCCGUGGCCAGCAUGAACUACGAUCCCAUCGUGUCCAAGGUGGCAGAGGUGCUGGCCUCUGGCCGUACCAUCCGGAAGCGGGAGGUGGAGCGCAGUAAGCACACAGUGGUGGCCUAUAAAGAUGCCAUCUAUGUAUUUGGUGGAGACAAUGGGAAGACGAUGCUCAAUGACCUCCUGCGGUUCGACGUGAAGGACUGUUCCUGGUGCAGGGCCUUCACCACUGGGACGCCGCCAGCCCCACGUUACCACCACUCAGCUGUUGUCUAUGGGAGCAGCAUGUUUGUCUUUGGGGGCUAUACUGGGGACAUUUAUUCCAAUUCUAACUUGAAGAAUAAAAACGACCUCUUUGAAUACAAGUUUGCAACUGGUCAGUGGACGGAGUGGAAGAUUGAAGGACGGUUGCCUGUCGCUAGGUCAGCCCAUGGGGCCACCGUGUACAGUGACAAGCUGUGGAUCUUUGCUGGCUAUGAUGGCAAUGCCAGGUUGAAUGACAUGUGGACGAUUGGCCUCCAGGACCGGGAGCUCACAUGCUGGGAGGAGGUGGCCCAGAGUGGUGAGAUCCCACCAUCUUGCUGCAACUUCCCUGUGGCUGUGUGCCAGGACAAGAUGUUUGUGUUCUCAGGACAGAGUGGAGCCAAGAUAACCAACAACCUCUUCCAGUUUGAAUUCAAGGACAAGACGUGGACACGAAUUCCCACUGAACACCUGCUCCGGGGUUCCCCACCACCCCCACAGCGGCGCUACGGACACACCAUGGUGGCCUUUGACCGCCACCUAUAUGUGUUUGGGGGUGCAGCCGACAACACACUGCCUAACGAGUUGCAUUGCUAUGAUGUGGACUUCCAGACCUGGGAGGUCGUCCAGCCCAGCUCAGACAGCGAGGUUGGUGGGGUUGAGGUGCCCGAGCGAGUGUCUGCCUCUGAGGAGGCACCCACCCUGACUGCCGAGGAGCGGGGCGGCUUCAAGAAGUCCCGAGAUGUGUUCGGCCUGGACUUUGGCACCACCUCAGCCAAGCAGCCUGCCCAGCUGGCCUCAGAGCUGCCCAGCGGGAGGCUCUUCCAUGCGGCUGCUGUCAUCUCAGAUGCCAUGUACAUCUUCGGGGGCACGGUGGACAACAACAUCCGAAGCGGGGAGAUGUACAGGUUCCAGUUCUCCUGUUACCCCAAGUGCACUCUGCAUGAAGACUAUGGGCGGCUAUGGGAGAGCCGCCAGUUCUGCGAUGUGGAGUUUGUGCUGGGCGAGAAGGAGGAGUGCGUUCAGGGCCAUGUGGCCAUUGUCACUGCACGGAGCCGCUGGCUCCGCAGGAAGAUUGUGCAGGCCCGGCAGCGGCUGGCCCAGAAGCUGGAAGAGGAGGCAGCCCUGGCUCCCAGGGAGGCCCCAAGUGCAGCUGUGGGUGGAGCCCGGCUGCCCCUGUUGCGCGUGGCCAUCCGGGAGGCUGAGGCCCGGCCCUUUGAGGUGCUCAUGCAGUUCCUCUACACUGACAAGAUCAAAUACCCGCGGAAAGGCCACGUGGAGGACGUGCUUCUCAUCAUGGACGUGUACAAGUUGGCACUGAGCUUCCAGCUGUGCCGCCUGGAGCAGCUGUGCCGCCAGUACAUCGAGGCCUCAGUGGACCUGCAGAACGUGCUGGUGGUGUGUGAGAGCGCUGCCAGGCUGCAGCUGGGCCAGCUCAAGGAGCACUGCCUGAACUUCGUGGUGAAGGAGUCCCACUUCAACCAGGUGAUCAUGAUGAAGGAGUUUGAGCACCUCUCGUCCCCACUGAUUGUGGAGAUUGUGCGGCGGAAGCAGCAGCCGCCCCCUCGCACCUCCUCAGACCAGCCUGUGGACAUCGGCACAUCUCUAAUCCAAGACAUGAAGGCGUACCUGGAGGGGGCGGGCACGGAGUUCUGCGACAUCACACUGCUCCUGGACGGGAACCCGCGGCCGGCCCACAAGGCCAUCUUGGCCGCUCGCUCCAGCUACUUUGAGGCCAUGUUCAGGUCAUUCAUGCCUGAGGAUGGGCAAGUGAACAUCUCCAUCGGGGAGAUGGUGCCCAGCCGCCAGGCCUUCGAGUCCAUGCUGCGCUACAUCUACUACGGGGAGGUCAACAUGCCGCCUGAGGACUCACUCUAUCUGUUUGCGGCCCCCUACUACUAUGGCUUCUACAACAACCGGCUGCAAGCGUACUGCAAGCAGAACCUGGAGAUGAAUGUGACGGUGCAGAAUGUGCUGCAGAUCCUGGAGGCAGCCGACAAGACACAGGCGCUGGACAUGAAACGGCACUGUCUGCACAUCAUCGUGCACCAGUUCACCAAGGUCUCCAAGCUGCCCACGCUGCGGUCCUUGAGCCAGCAGUUACUGCUUGACAUCAUUGACUCCCUUGCCUCCCACAUCUCCGACAAGCAGUGCGCAGAGCUGGGUGCUGCCGACAUAUGAGGGCCCCACAGACAGCCUACCUGCCUGCCUGCCCACUGCAGACUGUACUGGCCAUGCCUGUGCCUGUGGUAGAGUGGCUGCACCUCCUGAGCCAAGGAUUAGGGCGCCGAGGGCCUCUGAAAGGAGUUGAGGGGGCAUAGAGGGUGCCAUUUCACUGAGGACGCCAGUCCCACAGGAAGCAAAUGGUGCAGCAGAUCCCCUCCCUGGCCGGCAGCCUCUCCUGGUGUGGAGGUAUGGGUGGCAGGCCAGGGCUCAAAGAUGGAGACCCUGCAGGAGGAGGCAGGGGGACUGGCCACCCUCUAGCAGUGUGGAGAGACUUGGAAGCAUGGCCAGGGCAUGGGCUUUGGGAGGCUCAGCCUUGCCCCUGUGGCCUGGGUGUGUUGUGGAUCCAGGCACUGGGUCAUGUUGCUGGAGGCCCUUCCAUCCUAGGGGGGGAAGCUUGGCAGAAUUGUUGCAGCACCAGGGAGUCCACUGGGCUGCACACUGUUCCCACCCCAUCCUUCACCCACCCAGAGCUGCUGAGUGCGGACCAGUGAUGGGCAGGUCUGGUCUGACCUGGAGAUGAAUUUUGGCGUGAAAGGCCCCGAGGUCAGCUUCCAGCCCACGGGUCAGCCAUGCUGGGCUGGGCCUGGCUUUCAGAGGGGCCACAGGAUUCCAGCCCACCUGUGUGCACAUCAGGGUUCAGGGCUGGGCCAGGAAGAAGUCAGUGGAGGUGUCCCCAGGUCCCUUCCCUGUGUCUCUCACUAAGUAUUUAUUCUGUCAUAGAUAUGCCUCCAUUAAAGCCACAGCAGUGCUACCCACUA